CCCGACUUUAAUAUUUAUAUUGACCUAAAACAUAAAUAUCCAAUAAAGAUAAAUAUCUAUAGGUACAUGAACAAUUAUGGGCUAUGUUGGAUGGAAUCAAAAAACAGUUGGAAAAGGUGAAGACAACCAAUAAUGUAAAAACAGUUACAUUGGCUGUUGCAAAACUAGAACAAAAGAUGGUCGGAAUGCAGAGAACAGUUGCACAGCAAAUCGACAACAGCCUUGCAAUUAAGAACGAAAUAAAAAACGCUGACAUAUCUAACAAGCGAAUGAUUCCUGAAUUAAACCAGAAGUUAAAAGAAAUGAUUGAAGAGAUGACUAGAAUACGACAAAAACAAAAUGAGCUUGAACGAAAACUAUCAACACGCAACCAAGAGAACGAACAAAACUUUUUGGCGCAAAUCAAUGGAUUUGAGCAGCAGAUUGGUCUUUAUGACGUAAGAAUUGCUGACAUGGACCAGCGAUUUCAGGUUCUUGAAACUACGAGUUAUUCUGGUGUCGCUCUGUGGAAGAUCAACAAUUUUCAACGCCGCAAGAGGGAAGCAGAGAGCGGUCGAGCUCUAUCAAUUUACAGCCAACCUUUUUACACGAGUCGUUACGGAUAUAAGAUGUGUGCCCGUGUAUAUCUCAAUGGAGAUGGCAUGGGUAAAGGAACCCACGUAUCACUGUUUUUCGUCCUCAUGAAAGGAGAAUACGACAAUCUUCUUCCCUGGCCUUUCCGACAAAAAGUGACGCUCAUGCUACUUGACCAAGGCUUAGAACGACGUCAUUUGUCAGACAUGUUCAGACCAGACCCUACGUCAUCGUCGUUCACGAAACCAACUUCCGACAUGAACAUAGCAUCCGGUUGUCCAUUAUUUGUCGCGCAUAACCUAAUAGAAGGAAGUUCUUAUGUCAAAGAUGACGUCAUCUUUAUACGGAUUCACGUGGACACAACAGACUUAGAAACAUUUUAAAGUUAUUUUAACCUAAAGUUACACAAACACAACAAUACACAGUGUACUUUUACAAGUUACAAUUUAUGUUGUUUGGCGGUUUUUGCCAUAUUAAAUAUUUCUGCAGUAAGAAGUUAAUAUAA